GGUUGUUUGUCUUGUAGUAAUAAUCAUAACUGGUCUCCACUGUGUCCAGUGACUCAGUAAAGUAAAGUUAGAACACACUGUCUCUGGUGCCUCUUCAUUCUCCUCUCACUGUAAAGUCUCUAACUUUCUCAUUCAGCUCUUUCCAAACCCCAGUUAGAUUCAUUCAUCAACACUUUCAUCCUCAUUGCAAACUAGUAAAUCUGUUAAUUCAAUAUCAGUUCCUGGGUUGUGUUGUGUCCCAAACCCAUAAGAGGAGCUGAAACAGUUCUCAAUAGCAGCACCACCAACACUCUUGUAGGGUUUGUAGAUCAGUUAAGGCUUUGCCCGGCAGAAGUAUUAGGCUGAACCUGCUGGUUUAAGUGAUAUUGGAUGCAAUGAAGCUUAAAGAAUGGCUUGCUAGUGUUUUGUUGCUCACUACUGCUAUGCUAACAACCACAUUGGGUGCAUUUGUGGGGGUAAACAUUGGCACUGAUGUCUCUGAUAUGCCAUCUGCUUCUAAUGUGGUUUCUAUUCUAAAAGCCCAUCAAAUUACUCACGUGCGUCUUUAUGACGCCAAUGCACACUUACUACAAGCCCUUUCAAACUCUACUAUUGACGUAAUUGUCGGCGUCACCAACGAGGAGGUACUGAAAAUCGGAGAAUCUCCGUCAGCAGCCGCAGCCUGGAUUAACAAAAAUGUAGUUGCGUAUGUACCAUCCACCAAUAUCACGGCAAUAGCUGUUGGCAGCGAGGUUCUUUCCACAAUCCCAAACCUUGCCCCCGUUCUUGUUCCUGCCAUGAAUUCUCUUCACAAAGCUCUGGUUGCCACAAACCUUAACUUCCGCGUCAAGGUUUCGACACCACAAUCUAUGGAUAUUAUCCCUAAGCCUUUUCCUCCUUCUACUGCCACCUUUAACUCUUCGUGGAACUCUACACUCUACCAAGUCCUCCAGUUUUUGAAAAACACAAAUUCCUCCUUCAUGUUAAAUGCUUACCCUUAUUAUGGAUAUACUAAAGGAGAUGGUAUUUUCCCUAUUGAAUAUGCUCUUUUCCGACCCCUUCCUUCGGUGAAGCAAAUUGUUGAUCCGAACACACUAUUUCACUACAACAGUAUGUUUGAUGCUAUGGUGGAUGCUACCUAUUACUCUAUAGACGCGUUAAAUUUCAAAGAUAUACCUGUUGUUGUCACAGAAACUGGUUGGCCAUCUUUUGGUGGAGCAAAUGAACCUGAUGCUACUGCAGAAAAUGCCGAGACCUACAAUAACAAUAUGAUUCAACGGGUCCUGAAUGAUUCUGGUCCACCUAGUCAGCCAAACAUACCAAUUAAUACUUACAUAUAUGAAUUAUUCAACGAAGACAAGAGGAAUGGGCCUAUAUCGGAAAAAAAUUGGGGCAUCGUCUAUACUAAUGGAAGUGCUGUUUUUCCUUUAAGUUAUGGUGGUGCUUCUGGCCAGAUAACUGGAAUUGGAAAUUCUUCGGGAGUUUUUUGUGUGGCUAAAGAUGGAGCAGACACUGAUAAGCUGCAAAAUGGCCUGAGCUGGGCUUGUGGACAAGGAGGAGCAAACUGUGCUCCUAUUCAACAAGGGCAGCGAUGCUAUCUCCCCAAUAAUGUGAAAAGCCAUGCCUCUUAUGCUUAUAAUGAUUAUUAUCAGAAAAAUCAAGGUGUUGGUGGAACAUGUGACUUCGACGGUACUGCUGAAAUUUCUACCCAGGAUCCAAGUUAUGGAUCCUGUAGAUUCACAGGAAGCUCUGGCGCCGGAGGAGUGAGUUUACCACCCAUGGCACUUGGUCCUUCUUCAGGUCCCUUUGGAGCAAGUAUGAACUUUCAAGUGUCUACCAUUCAGUAUUUGAUAUCUGCUGUCGGUGUAUUUUUUGCUCUAAUGAUUCUAUGAUCAAAAGGUUUAAGCACUUUUAAGAUUGCAAUUCAAUUAUUCGCUGGAGUGUAGUUUUCAUCGAUUUUGGUUCUUGUAUUUUGUCCAUUUUAUUAUUCAUGGCUAUGCUCCAUCUUGUGCAUUUGAGGUCACUGUAAUUUACUGUAUCUCUUUUAUGAUAGAUAAUUGCUUAAAUCUAGUGAUUUAGCUGUAGGAGAAAAACCAAAGACUGAAUCUAGAAGAAAUUAUUGCCA